CAUCACACUUCUUUUCCCUGUUCCAAUAUCCGCCCUGCAUUAAUUUGGCCGGACAAGGUCUUGCGAGAAAUAUAUCAUUUCGACAAAAGUUCAUCACUACAUAAUCAUGGCCGCCGAAGAAGAAACCAAGACCGAACAGCAGACCAACGCUGGCGCCGAAGGCUCCGCAUCGGGCAGCGCAUCUGCGGCAGGCAACGCCGGCCUGAACCAAAAGAAGCAAGAGGAGGCACCUCAGCAACAGCAGCAAGAACCUACUCCCGAAUUGUCUGAAGCAUCCGGAGGUUCGCGAUCACCGUCGCCCGCCGCUGAGCCCGAGUCCGAACCCGAGCCUGAGCCUGCGCCCCAGAAGAAGUCGAAGCAGCGACGUCCUUCUCGCCGUCGGGGCCGGAGCGCCUAUCAGGACAGCGACACUGAGUCCAUUGCUCGUUCUGACGUGUCAGCGACUGGAGGCCGCCGGAAUCGUAACCGCAAGCAGGGCAAGCAGCAAAAAGGAGGGCCUCUCGAUAGCAUUGGCGAAGACGGUCUGCCUGGAGGCGAGCUAGUCAAGGGUGCGGGCGACAUGCUCCAAAACACGGCGGGACAGGCUGUCGACACUGUUGGAAACACUGCAGGCAACGCCGUUGGUGGUGCUGGACAAGCAGUUGGAAGCACCCUUGGCAAUGCAGUUGGCGGAAAGAAGGAAGAUGAUGGAGGCAAAGACGAGCAGCUGCGGUUGCGGUUGGAGUUGAAUCUCGACGUUGAAAUUCAACUCAAGGCCAAGAUUCACGGUGAUUUGACACUUGGACUCUUGAACUAAACAAGCAAAAAAGUGUGGUUCCAAGGGCCACGUUGUCAAGCACGACGAUGCUUCGAAUAAUGCGUGCACGUGGUUUGGUCUGUAUCUGAAUGGCCCAGUUGAGAAGCUGGGCGACACGUUUUCUUUUUUCUUUUCCCAUCUUUUUACUACUGUUUCUACACUUUUCCUCCUCCUCCUCCUCCUCCUCCUCCUCCUCUUCUUCUUCUAAAGUGCUUUUGGUUUAUUACGGGUUACGAUUGGGAUUGCCGUUGUUUUGGAUAUCAGUCUAU